AUGAAAUUAUUUAUUUUUUGUCUAUUCCGCAAAAACUUGGCACAACUCGUUCACCAGUGUGAGAUAGCAGAUUUAGGAGAGAAUCAGAAUAAUGGAACAUACGAGUGCGAUCAUUUCACGUGCGAGCUCAAAUGUCCACAUGGGUUUUACCCGAAUGGCGGAACAGGCCACUCGACCUGCGUCCCUCGCCCAGGAGGCUGGGGCUGGUCCCGUCGAAUCGGAAAGUGCUCGACUUGUUCUGACUUAGCUCUCCCCGACGAGCUACAGUCCUCAUGCGUCACUACCAAUAACGGGCAACGAGUCUGUAAUGUCUCAUGCAAAAACAAGCAAGCAAUAAAACCGCGAAACAACGACAAGACGAUCGUCGCGUGUAAAUGCAAUGUCGGUCGGCGCAGCGGCUGCCACUGGGUCAGCCCGGGGAACGUCAUCGUCGACGACAGGGAAAGAGACGAGCAGAAUUUUAUUGGCAAUUGGUAUUGCAACAAUUUACCGCUGAUGGACGAUCUCCAAGACUCGAACAUAAAGUCGGAAGAGAAUGAAGAUGGACAUCCUGUUUUUAGGAUUCCUCCGAAUUUGAAAUGCCCGAGCUCGAAUCCAGAAAUAGGCGAAAUUGACAGAAUCUACGGAGGUGUAUCGGCGAUUCCUCACUCAUGGCCUUGGAUGGCUUCUCUUUGGUUUGGAAGAUUCGGAUGUGGAGGAACAAUAAUUGGCGACAAAACAGUAUUAACAGCAGCCCACUGUUGUGAUGGAUACAAACGAAAACUCAAGAAAAUCCGGGUCAAGUCAGGAGACCACAAAUACUUCGAACACGACACCGGGGAAGAAGAACAUCGCGUUAAACGAGUUUUUGUUCAUCCAGGAUAUUCGAGACGAACCAUGCAAAAUGACAUUUGCAUCUUGGCCGUGGAGGACAUGGGUCUUGAUCGAAAACCGACUGCCGAUCGAGCUUGUCUUCCUGAGCCUGGUUGGCUUCCGGCUGCAGGAACUCGCUGUUGGGCGGCUGGCUGGGGAGUGACCGAGAAGGGCACCUUUCCGACGGAUUUGCAGGAAGUCGACCUGGAUAUUCUAACAAAUGAAGAAUGCGCAAACGGCGGAAAUCAUGGGAAGAUAGAUGAAAAGACCAUGUUUUGCGCUGGUGGAGAAGGAGGUAAGGAUGGCUGCCAAGGAGACUCUGGUGGACCCCUAAUCUGCAAAGAUGAAACUGGGAAGAUCCCGAUCAUCACCGGCGUCACAUCCUGGGGAUUGGCAUGCGGCGUUGCCGAAACCCCCGGUGUCUGGACAAAAGUCAGCUCAUAUCUUGACUGGAUAGGCAAAGUUCAAAAUUUCGUCGAUCGUGCGCUGUAA